AUGGCAGACCGGAAGCCGCUGAGCGGCCCCAGGACGGAGAUGCAGAUCGUGCCAGGGCUGCGGUUGGCUCCAGUGCGGCCGAAGGACCACAGUCACAGCGAGCCGGUCCCCACCACAGGGGUCUCUGAGCUGACGGAUUUCUGGGGUGUGAGGUCAACACGAAACCGUCUCCCGGCAACCCCUAUCGUGCUCCGGGGCCAGAUGCUGUGCAAUGAGCGGCCUGUGGAGGAGCCCAGCCAGGCCCGGACCCCCGCCUCUCCCCUCCCUCUGCCUUCCAGGGUCCUCCUCACACCUCGUUGCCUCCUGGGCUCAGGGCCAACAGGGAUGCUGGUGGCGUGGCUGCUGAAGGCCUGGGACCGGGCACAGCAGGACUUUGGUUUUUGCUGCAUCAACGAGAAGAGCACGUGCUCUCAGCCUACUUCUCCCGUGGUGCUCCCCACCGUGUCCCGAGACUCCAGGAACGUGGCUCUCCCUGGAGCCUGGUUGGAGCUUGGAAGGGACACCACGUCCCCGGGAGACAGAGGGUGGGCGGGGGCCGAACAGACUCCCGAACUGGCUGGGAAAAGCACCCUGAAGAUCCGGUUGCUUGAGAUCAAAGUCGGGUCAAUAAUUACAAGAACGGAAGCAUGGUUUGUUCCGGCCCCUUCCCUGGGCCUCACCAUCUGCCGCAGACUCACCAGCCGCAGCUCUCAAGCUGGUGGCCACUUCCGGCAGGAGGGAGGAGCCGCAGGGAUGAGCCCACUCUGA